UCCCGAUUCUCAACAUACUCAAUAACUUUGUCUUUCAGUAUUGCUGACCUGGGUGAACUGCUCCAGUGUCCGUAUGGCCACCAGAAUCCAGGAUAUUUUCACAGUGGGAAAACUUAUGGCUUUGUGUCUCAUCAUUGUUGUGGGUUUGGUACAGAUCUUCGAUGGAAACUAUGAGGCACUGACUACUAAGGUGGUCUUUUCCAUGGACAAGCCACCAUCCAUUGGACAGGUUGCUCUGGCAUUCCUGCAGGCCUCCUUUGCCUUCAGUGGGUGGAACUUUCUCAAUUACGUUACUGAAGAGGUGGUUGACCCCAGACGGAAUCUACCUCGCGCCAUCUACAUCUCCAUUCCACUGGUGACGUUUGUGUACACGCUCACCAACAUCGCCUACUUUUCUUCCAUGUCACCCGAGGAGCUGCUGUCCUCCAAUGCUGUGGCUGUUACAUUUGGUGAGAAACUGCUUGGAGCCUUUGCUAUCAUUAUGCCCAUCUCAGUGGCUCUGUCCACGUUUGGGGGAAUCAAUGGCUACCUGUUCACCUCUUCAAGGUUGUGUUUCUCAGGAGCCAGAGAGGGACAUCUUCCCAGCCUGCUAGCUAUGAUUCACUACAAGAAAUGUACGCCCAUCCCAGCCCUCCUGGUUUGCUGUGCUGCCACUAUUGUUAUACUGUGCAUCGGCGAAACCCACAACCUGAUCAACUACGUCUCCUUUAUCAACUAUCUGUCAUACGGUGUCACCAUCGCAGGUCUGCUGUGGUACCGUUGGAAGAGACCUAACUUGUAUCGACCUAUUAAGGUAAACCUGCUUGUCCCUGUGUCCUACCUUAUGUUCUGGGCAUUGCUACUGGGAUUCAGCCUGUACUCAGAGCCAGUCGUUUGUGGUGUUGGUUUGAUCAUCAUGCUUACCGGUGUUCCUGUCUAUUUUCUGGGUGUCCACUGGAAAGAAAAACCAAAGUGUAUCGACAAUUUUAUUGCAUGGGCUACGUCUGUGGGCCAGAGGUUGUGUUUUGUGGUCUUUCCUCAGAUUGACCCUAUUGAGAUUGCCAGUCCUUCAGAAUGGACUGAUCAGUCAUCUGGCAGAAAAAGUUUCUCUGUCAGGUCGUAAAGGUUCCCUUUCUGAACAUGUGAAGAUUUGUGUUCUGGCUCCUGUUUUUGAAUUGCUGUUGUUUUUGUUAAGGCGUUCUUUACUACAAUGAAAGUCUCUAUCUUAGAUUUAUCUGAUCCUGAUAAAUCAGCUUUUCAUCUAAUAUUCAAGUGGACAUUCCUGCUGUUCUGUUUGAUGUGUGAAUUUUUACAUUUCCUGUAUUUUCUUUUGAGGAUCAGCAUGUAAAAUUCUAAUGGCCUUUGUUACCUUUUCAUUCUUCUACAGAACCCUGAUUGACUGACAUUAGGUAAUCAUGUCUUUUAGUUAUAUUUAGGAUUUCAUUGUACUCUAAAGCCUUUUCAACCAGAUCAAAACCAAUGAAAAGUAAAAAAUAAAUAAAUGAGGCAUCAUUUAUUUUUAAAACAAUUCAAACCCCACAAACAUGUACUUUGUGUUUCCCCCUCCAUUCCUCCACCUGACCCCUUUAACGUGUGUCAUUAAAAAGUGCUAUAUACUGUAAAAUACCCUUUCCCUCUCACACACACACUUUCUGUUGAACUUGUAUGUUUAUGUUUCAGAUCAUCAGGCCAAUGUGAACAUCAAACAAAGCCUCAGUAAAUGCGAAAUGAUGAUUUUAUUCAUCAAGAGAGAAAGAGCAAUUCAAAUGUGACAAAGUAACUGCCACCAGACUCUAAACACUGAUUUUUGCCCUUCUUGUUGGCACCAGUUGAAAUCAAGCCCUUGUGAUAACUGUCAAUAUUUUGUAAUUUUGCAACCUUGGUUCUGUUCUUUGUUAACCACUACUUUAAUUGAGGAUUUAACAAGGAGGGGAAUUACAUUUUUUUAAA